GAAGCUACAUGUGAGGACAUUUCCUGUAGCCUUUCACAAUCAGCCAAUCAGCCCUCCCCCUGUCCAAGUGGUGUUAACAACCAGACACAGAGAGGAAGCUAUGGAGCAGAUGAAGAUGAAUCCAUGGACCCUCUCUGUGCUCCUGCUGCUAGCUGGGCCGCUGGGGGCGGACCCUGACUGGCACGUGGAGUACCCUGACUCCUUCUGCGUGGUGGAGGGCUCCACCGCCACCAUCCCCUGCAGCUUCACCCUCCCCGCGGGGCUCCGGGUGGAGCGGGUGGUCUGGUGCCCCAAUCACCCGAUCUGCCACCUCACCACGCCCAACGUGUACAACAGCAGCAACCUCCGGGCCGACAGCAGGUUCCGGUACCUGGGGGACCUCGUCGGGAACUGCACCUUAAAGAUCAUCAAGACGGAGAAACAGGACGCUGCAACGUACCGCUUCCGCUUCAGGACCAACGGCGGAGGGUGGACCGGACAGAAAGGAGUCAGAGUCAACGUCACUGACGGAGAGGAUGUGAAGGUCAGAAGCUCCGUCACUGACCAUGUGGUGAAAGAGGGCGGUCAGGUCACACUCACCUGUACCUCAGCCUGCUCCUUCCACCAAUUGGACGUCCACUGGUACAGAAACGGCCACAACCUAUCAGAGACAGGCCCCGCCCUCCACCUCAGCUCUCUGACCAAUGACAACACAGGGAAUUACACCUGCUCUCUGGACUCCAGUGGGCAGAAGACCUCUGCGCCUUGGAGUCUAUUGGUGUUGGUAGAUGAAGGAAAACCUGAGUCUGGCAGUAACCAGUCUGGCAGUGUCUGGCUCCUGUCAGUGUCGGUGGUGUUGGUGCUGCUGGCUGUGUUCCUUCUCCUCCUGGCUGGGGUUGUCUUUGCUAAAAGGAGACAUGCACAAAAGAAGGCAUCAGAGGUGAUUCAAAAACAGGAGGUGGACUGUAAACAGGAAGCGGUGGGAGAUUCAGAGGAAGUCAACUAUGCAACCGUCCACUUCAAACCAAGCUCCUCAAGGUCAGCCCCUGGACCGGAACAUGAGAUCGUCUACAGCGAGGUCGUUCGCUGAACCAAACUCAAGCAGCGACUUCUCUUCCUCCUCCAGUGAUGACCGAGAUAAGGGAACACUGACGUCAUCAUGGAUGAGUCAUGUUCUUUUUCAGUUCCUAUUUCUGAUUGUAACAUUUCUGAAGAUUUCAGUGUUUCAUAAUUUUAUGCAUUUGAGUUUUCUGUUUAUUGUAUCUUGUUGUUUAUUCUGAAUAUACUCAAGGUUGUCUGAAUAACGGUGAGGUUUGUAAAGACUGGUUCUUCUCCAUUCUGCUCCUGAUGACUAGGCUACGUUUCAAAAAAAAACUUCCCAACUUAG